AUGCAACAACAACAACAGCAGUUGAAGGCAGAAAACAGUAAAACCAAGACUAUGUUUCUGUCUCGGGCGCUGGAGAAGAUCCUGACGGAUCGGGAAGUAAAGAGGAGUCAACACAGCCAGCUGCGCAAAGCCUGUCAGGUGGCGCUGGAUGAAAUCAAGGCCGAGCUUGAGAAACAAAAGGAUGGCACAGUGGUUCCACCCAGAGCCAACUACAUUGAGGCUGACCAGUACGUGCUGCCUUUUGAAUUGGCUUGCCAAUCGAAGUCCCCCCGCAUAGUUAGCACCUCUUUGGACUGUCUGCAGAAACUAAUAGCGUACGGCCACAUAACAGGCAACGCUCCAGACAGCAGAAGCCCAGGCAAGAGGCUGAUUGACCGCUUGGUGGAAACGAUCUGCAACUGCUUCCAGGGCCCGCAAACUGACGAGGGAGUCCAGCUACAGAUCAUCAAGGCACUUCUGACAGCCGUGACCUCGCCACACAUUGAAAUUCACGAAGGCACAAUCCUCCUCACUGUCAGGACAUGUUACAAUAUCUACCUGGCCAGCCGGAACCUCAUCAACCAGACAACUGCCAAGGCCACGCUCACUCAGAUGCUCAAUGUCAUCUUCACGCGCAUGGAGAACCAAGCUGCUUUCGAGGCCCAGGAGCAAGAGAAGGACCGUCUACAUCUGCCCCAAAACAACCCCUCACCAGUCCCUUGUAGCCGGAGGUCUGGCUCCCCUCGGCUUGACCGUACACCCACCCCUGAGCCACAGAGUUCCCCAUCACCUGCAGCCAGUACUCCAGAUCUAAAUGCCACCAGUUCGACGUCACCACCUCCGCCUGAACUUGACCUAGACACACCCACAGUCAAUGGAGACUCAGAGAGCAAUUCCGUUUUUGAAGAUGAAAGCAGUGAGGCCCCUCCAGAAGUCCAGGGCGCUGAAGAAGUCAACACAGAUCCAGAAGCUGCGACUGAAGAUGAAGGAGAACAGCCACCUCAUACUGAUGAGCCCCCUGUCCAGCACAUUUUUGAGCAAACACGAGUUGCUCUCCCUCAAGCCGGCGGCGAGGCACUACAGAUGAACGGCAUCAUCGAAGACCGUUCCUCUGUUUCUUCAGCGGAAAUGUUGGAUGCAGAGACACUCCAAGGACCCCACAGCGCCUCCCGGUUCUCUCAUAUCCUACAGAAAGAUGCCUUCCUGGUUUUUCGCUCAUUGUGCAAACUUUCAAUGAAACCCCUUGCAGAUGGACCCCCAGAUCCAAAGUCUCAUGAGUUGCGGUCCAAGAUUGUGUCACUGCAGUUGCUGCUGUCUGUGCUGCAAGGUGCAGGGCCAGUGUUCCGCACCCAUGAGAUGUUCGUCAAUGCCAUUAAGCAGUAUUUAUGUGUGGCGCUGUCAAAAAAUGGCGUCUCCUCAGUGCCUGAGGUGUUCGAGCUCUCGCUGGCUAUCUUCCUCACACUGCUGUCCCACUUCAAGGUCCACCUGAAGAUGCAAAUUGAGGUGUUUUUUCGGGAGAUUUUUCUCACCAUUUUGGAAACGUCAACAAGCUCCUUUGAGCACAAGUGGAUGGUCAUCCAGACAUUAACACGCAUUUGUGCAGAUGCCCAGUGUGUGGUCGACAUUUACGUGAACUACGACUGUGACCUCAAUGCUUCCAAUAUCUUUGAGCGCCUCGUCAACGACUUGUCCAAAAUAGCUAUGGGCAGGAGUGGCCAGGAGCUGGGCAUGACGCCUCUGCAGGAGCUUAGCCUACGUAAAAAGGGCCUGGAAUGUCUGGUGUCCAUCCUCAAAUGUAUGGUCGAGUGGAGCAAGGACAUGUAUGUCAACCCAAACCUACAAGCCAACCUUGGCCAGGAUCCCCCGUCUGAGAGCGAGAUGGCAGAGUUGAAGCUUCCAGAGCAGCUUACUGGACGUCGAGACAGCAUCAGCUCCUUGGACUCCACGGUCUCGGCCAGUGUCACGUCAUCUCAGCCAGACCACCCGGAGCAGUACGAAGUCAUUAAGCAACAGAAGGACAUUAUAGAGCAUGGCAUCGAACUGUUUAACAAAAAGCCAAAACGGGGUAUCCAAUACCUGCAGGACCAGGGAAUGUUGGGUUCCUCAGUUGACAACAUUGCACAGUUUCUUCACCAGGAGGACAGAUUGGACACAACCCAGGUGGGCGAGUUCCUAGGAGAGAACAUAAAGUUGAAUAAAGAGGUGAUGUACUGCUACGUUGACCAGCUGGACUUCUGCGGGCGGGACUUUGUCUCAGCCCUUAGAGCCUUUUUAGAAGGUUUUAGACUGCCGGGUGAAGCCCAGAAGAUUGACAGGCUCAUGGAGAAGUUUGCUGCUCGAUACCUCGAGUGCAACCAGGGACAAACUUUGUUUGCCAGUGCAGAUACGGCUUAUGUGCUAGCCUAUUCCAUCAUUAUGCUCACCACAGACCUGCAUAGUCCUCAGGUGAAAAACAAGAUGACAAAGGAGCAGUACAUCAAGAUGAACCGUGGUAUUAAUGACAGUAAGGAUCUGCCUGAGGAGUAUUUAUCCUCCAUAUAUGAUGAAAUUGCCGGUAAGAAGAUAGCCAUGAAAGAGAGCAAAGAGUUCUUAAUCACACCCAAGUCCACCAAGCAAAGUGUAGCCAGCGAAAAGCAGCGUCGCCUGUUGUACAACAUGGAGAUGGAGCAGAUGGCUAAAACUGCUAAGGCUCUGAUGGAGGCAGUGAGCCACGCUCAAGCCCCUUUCUUUAGCGCUACACACCUGGAGCAUGUCCGGCCCAUGUUUAAGCUGGCAUGGACCCCUUUGUUGGCAGCAUUUAGUGUUGGUCUCCAGGACUGUGAUGACCCAGAGGUGGCCUCACUAUGUCUGGAGGGCAUUCGGUGUGCCAUUAGGAUAGCCUGCAUCUUCACCAUGCAGCUAGAGCGAGAUGCCUAUGUCCAGGCCCUAGCCAGGUUCACCCUUCUAACAGCCAGCUCCAGCAUCACUGAGAUGAAACAAAAGAACAUUGACACCAUCAAGACCCUAAUUACUGUGGCACACACAGAUGGAAACUACCUGGGCAACUCCUGGCAUGAGAUCCUCAGGUGCAUUAGUCAACUGGAACUAGCUCAAUUGAUUGGCACUGGAGUGAAGACGCGCUACAUAUCAGGAGUGGUUAGAGACAAAGACACCACCAUCAAGGGCUUACCCUCUGGCACAGAGGAAUUCAUGCCCCUUGGACUCGGUAACCUGGUGGGAAAUCAGGACAAGCGUCAAAUGGCUCACCUCCAAGAGUCAGUGGGAGAAACCAGCUCUCAGAGUGUUGUCGUAGCUGUUGACAGGAUCUUCACAGGUUCAACAAGACUGGAUGGAAAUGCGAUUGUGGACUUUGUGAGAUGGCUGUGCGCAGUUUCCAUGGACGAGCUGGCCUCGGCACAUCAGCCCAGAAUGUUCAGCCUGCAGAAGAUAGUGGAAAUCUCCUACUACAAUAUGAAUCGCAUCAGGCUGCAGUGGUCUCGAAUCUGGCAGGUCAUAGGGGACCACUUUAAUAAGGUUGGCUGUAACCCCAAUGAAGAUGUAGCCAUCUUUGCAGUGGACUCGCUGCGUCAGCUCUCCAUGAAAUUCUUGGAAAAAGGAGAGCUGGCCAACUUCCGCUUUCAGAAAGACUUUCUUAGGCCUUUUGAGCACAUCAUGAAAAAAAACAGAUCUCCCACAAUCAGAGACAUGGUGAUCAGGUGUGUUGCACAGAUGGUCAACUCCCAGGCAGCUAACAUCCGAUCAGGCUGGAAGAACAUCUUCUCCGUAUUUCACCAGGCAGCCUCUGACCAUGAUGAGUCCAUAGUGGAGCUUGCCUUUCAGACGAGCGGCCACAUCGUCAUGAAUACAUUCCGGGAGCAUUUUGCUGCUGCAAUUGAUUCCUUCCAAGAUGCGGUCAAGUGCCUGUCCGAGUUCGUGUGCAACGCAGCUUUCCCGGACACCAGCAUGGAGGCCAUUCGACUCAUCCGCCACUGUGCCAAAUACGUGUCAGAGAGACCACAGGCUCUGAGGGAGUACACUAGUGAUGACAUGAAUGUAGCCCCUGGGGAUCGAGUCUGGGUUCGCGGCUGGUUUCCCAUCCUGUUUGAGCUGUCUUGUAUCAUCAAUCGCUGCAAGUUGGAUGUGCGGACCAGAGGUCUUACAGUCAUGUUUGAAAUCAUGAAGAGUUAUGGGCACACUUUCGAGAAACACUGGUGGCACGACCUCUUCCGAAUCGUCUUCCGAAUUUUCGACAACAUGAAGCUGCCAGAGCAGCAGACAGAGAAAACCGAGUGGAUGACGACAACGUGCAACCACGCGCUCUACGCCAUCUGUGACGUGUUCACGCAGUUCUAUGAGCCUCUCAGUGAGAUCCUGUUGGCGGACAUUUUCACACAGCUCCAAUGGUGUGUCCGGCAAGAUAACGAACAGCUGGCUCGCUCGGGAACCAACUGCCUGGAGAACCUAGUGAUUCUAAACGGAGAGAAGUUCAGCCCCGAAGUGUGGAACUUAACUUGCUCGUGCAUGCUGGAGAUCUUCCAGAAUACCAGUCCUCAAGUCUUGUUGACGUGGCGACCUUCUGGGCAGGAUGAUGAAGCUGCUGACGCUAAACACUUGGAUGUUGACUUUGACACCCAGUCACAGAGCAGCUAUGACAGAGCUCUUUCAGAGAGAGGACACAGCCAAAUGUCGAGUGAUGACACCUGGAAGGGCAAGUCCAACGCUCGAGUUUCAGACCACAGGUUAUUUGCAGGCCUGCUCAUCAAAUGUGUGGUACAGUUGGAGCUAAUCCAAACCGUUGACAACAUCGUCUUCUUUCCGGCGACCAGCAAGAAAGAGGAUGCCGAGAACAUGGCUGCCGCCCAGCGAGAUGUUCUGGAAGAGCCGUCAGCCGAUGCAGUCGGUCCAGAGUCUGAUCAAGGGAUGUACAGACACAUGACCUCUGCUCACCUCUUCAAGCUGCUGGACUGUCUACUGGAGUCGCAUACUUUUGCAAAGGAGUUCAACUCCAAUAAUGAGCAAAGAACAGCCCUCUGGAGGGCAGGCUUCAAAGGGAAGUCCAAGCCCAACCUGUUGAAGCAGGAAACCAGCAGUCUAGCCUGCAGCUUGAGAAUUCUGUUCAGGAUGUACUCGGAUCCCCAGCUGCGCGACUCAUGGCCCGACAUACAAACACGUCUGCUACUGGUGUGUAGUGAAGCUCUGGCGUACUUCAUCAGUCUCACAUCUGAGAGUCAUAGAGAAGCUUGGAACAGUCUGCUGAUGCUGCUGCUCACCAGGACACUCAGGCUGCCUGAUGACAAGUUCAAGCCUCACGCCUCGUGCUACUUCUCCCCCCUGUGCGAGAUGAUGCAGUUUGAUCUGAUUCCCGAGCUGCGCGCCGUCCUGCGACGCUUCUUCCUGCGCAUCGGCUCUGCCUUCCAAAUAGCUGUACCAGGGGCGAUGGGGAGAGACGGCCCCUGA